UCGCGAAUGAAAUAUUUGUCAUUCGACUGUCAUUAUUAUCGAAAUUAUUAAUGUUGUGACCAAGUUCAUAUUUUUCUUUUUUUCAAAAAUAUCCAAUGUUGAAAUACCAGCCAUUCCAUGAUACCACAGUAUGGCCGUUUUUGUUGUACGAAAACAGAACGUAAAUCGACCUCAUUAAAUUUAAUUUAAAAAUCUAAAAAACAACCAAAAAAAACAGGAUAAUAAUCGGGCGGAAAUAUUCGCACGAAUGAAAACCGGAAAAUUCGUUCACGCGCACCUCGAGGUUAGCUUAAAUGAAUAGGGACGACUGGAAUGCCAGGACGUUUUGGAGACAUUAUUAGUAAGAAGCAUAGUUGGGAAUUUAGGGCCCGAGCAAGCGAGGUGUAUGACUUCGCAGCGACGUGAGCCUACCUGUUAUAGGACUACAAAAAUUUCAUCUAAUAGGCAUCGAAAACUUCAACCAUUUAGAGAAACGUGACUGGCUAUUGAUACAUCUAUCGAACGAUUGAUCCAACACCGAAGAUCAACAAACGCCACCACAAUACCAACAUCGACAUCAUUUCUCCCGUCUACCACCUAAAACCCUCUCUGCGUCGUCGCGUCCAUCACAAUGAGCGUUAACGUCAAUCGAAACGUUAGCGAUGUCUUCUAUCGCUACAAAAUGCCGCGGAUUUGCGCCAAAGUCGAAGGCAAGGGUAACGGUAUAAAAACCGUGAUAGUGAACAUGGCCGAGGUGGCGAAAGCCCUCGGCAGACCGCCCACCUACCCGACGAAGUAUUUUGGCUGCGAAUUGGGCGCGCAAACCCAAUUCGACUUCAAAAACGAGCGCUACAUCGUCAACGGUUCCCACGACGCCGUCAAGCUCCAGGACCUUUUGGACGGAUUCAUUCGCAAGUUCGUCUUGUGCCCGGAAUGCGACAAUCCCGAGACGGAUUUGAUCGUUUCGCAGAAGCGCAACACCAUCUCGCAGGGGUGCAAGGCGUGCGGCUACCACGGCGUGCUGGAGUCCAACCACAAGCUGAUGACGUUCAUACUGAAGAACCCGCCGAACUCGAACCCGGCCAGCCAGGGCUCCUCGUUGACCGAGGGCAAGCGGUCCAAGCGCAGCAAACGCAACGGCGAGCCGAACGGCGAGCAGGACGAGCAAAACGAGUCCGGCGUCGACGGCUCGCUCAUCGAGACGUCUAUGGAUAAAUCGGUAAAGGGCGGUAGCGAUGACGAUCAAACGGAAUGGGCGGUGGACGUGUCCGAGGAGGCCGUCAGGGCCAGAAUGCAGGAUCUCAGCGACGGCGCCAAGAACAUGACCAUCAGCGACGACUUGGAGAAGACCGAGAAGGAGCGCAUGGAUAUUCUGUACAAUUUCGUUAAAGUCAAGCGAGAUACCGGUUUGCUGGAGAAUGUGCAAACUCAGAAGGAAGUGCUGAGCGAAGCUGAACGCCUCGAAAUCAAAACUAAGGCUCCUCUCGUUUUGGCGGAAUUGCUCUUCAAUCAGAACAUAUUGGUCCAAGUGAAGAAGUACCGUACGCUGUUUUUGCGUUUCACCCUCAACGAUAAGAAGGCGCAGAGAUAUUUGAUGGGCGGUUUGGAGCAAGUGAUCGCUUUGCACAGAGACAAGAUGAUGAGCAAAGUUCCUGGAUUGUUGAAGCUCUUCUACGACAUGGAUAUUCUAUCGGAAGACUGUAUUAUCGAGUGGUCAGAUAAGGUGUCUAAGAAAUAUGUAGCCAAAGAAAUUAGCCAGGAGAUCCACGACAACGCAGCUGUGUUUAUAAAAUGGUUGAAGGAAGCCGAAUCGGAGGAUUCCGACAACGAUGACGAAAGUGAAGAUGAUGAUGUAGAGAUUGAAUAUAACGACAGGGCACAAAUCCAACUGAAAGUCACUCCUCAACCUAAACCCAAGCCGACCGUGGAGGAAGAUGAUGGGCAGGAUGACGUAGACAUCGAUGCCAUUUAAUAUAUUCCUUAUUACAGGUGUCAGAGGGACUUGGUUUAUAUCGGACGAUAGUUGUUUAAAAUUGAAUUUAAUCCAACGUUAUAUAAGUAUUAAGAAUUGAUCAUUUGCGUCGUUUGCAAAUUGGAUUCGAACGUUCGUUCAUUCUAACUGUGUUUUUAUGUUCCUUACAAAACGGAGCAACAAUCUAUUGUCUCAUAUUUAAUAAUAAUAAUUGAUGUCGAAAGAGCCCGAUGUAAACUUAGUCGUUAUUAUUUCAUGUCUAUCUUUUUAUUUACGCCUUGAAUUUGAAUAUGUUUUGUGGUUGAUGAGGAUCCCUAUUCUGUAUUUUGAGUUUAGAAACAUUAUCUGUUAACAUUAUAUAAUUUUCAUUUUACUAUUUACCAUACUGCAAUAUGUAUUGUAUUAAAUAGCAUUUUCCCAUAUUAAAGUCGUUUUUUAACAUUUGAAUGAAGGAGGCAUUUUGAAGAGGCGCAAAUCACUUUGAUUUGUCUCGUUUUCAUGCCUCUAAUUUUCAUAGAUCUAUUAAAUAUACUGUUUUAAUGUCAAUAA